CCUUCAUUUGAACGCUCUCGGUUUCUCAUUGCCUAUUCCUCUCUCUCUCUCUCUCUCUCUCUCUCUUCCUGUUGCUUCAAAUUUGCUGUAACUCCGUCUCUCUCCCCCACACACACAUCGUCCAGAACUCCUCGUUCUCCUCUAUUUCUUUGCACUAUACGAUGGGGACUGCUCACAUACUUUUGGCCACCCUCCUCAUUUCGUUCUUUGGUGUCCGCGGGAAUGUUUUCUCUCUAGAGAGAGCGUUUCCGUCAAGGCACCCAAUUCGACUGGAUGAGCUCCGAGCUCGAGACCUUUCGAGGCACGCCCACGUCUUCAAAACAGUUGUGAGCGGCUUAAUCAAUGUUACAGUCGUGUAUGAGGAUUACUAUGGCCAUCCUCAACACAUCGGGGUGUAUGUGACGAAAGUUAAAAUAGGCUCUUCGCCAAGAGAGUUCUAUGUGUUGCUUGACACGGGGAGUGACUUGUUCUGGGUUUCCUGCAGUUCCUGCAGUAAUUGCCCCCGAUUCACUGAUCUGGGAACUCGAUUCAGUUUCUAUGACAUUGUCAAUUCAUCCACUGGGGGGGUGCUCCCUUGUUCACAUGCAAUGUGCGGCAAAUGCUCUCGUCAAAGCCACCGGUGCGACUAUGAUAUGACAUAUUCCGGCGGAGAUCGCAUCACCAGUUUUCUCGUAUCAGAUGUGCUUCAUCUUGACACUAUUCCAGUGCGAUCUUAUGUUGCACUGGAAUCUUCAGCACCCAUUGUUUUCGGGUGA